ACCCCAUCCGGGGGCAUUCUCGUCUCUGAACGCCUCGGGGACAAUACACCAGCAGUGGAGUCGGUGGACGCCUCGUUUCCAUCGUAUCCCCAAUUCCCCCGUCUCCACUCGCGUGCGUAAGCCUCCAAGCUUCGGAAUCGAUGGACGGGGCGACGCCCAGGAAAAGGCCGCUCCCGAUAAGGAUCGGGAGAAGGAGCGCCGCGAGUGGAGCUGCAGAGGAGGAGACCGUAGCAGGAAAAGCGAGGGCGGUGGAGGAGGAGGAGGAGGAGCCGCUGAGCCCUGCGGCGCAGCUGUUCCACCAGCCGGGCUUCGACUGCUGCAUCGUGGCGAUCAUGGGGUUGGGGAAGCCCGCUGACGUCGACGUCAUCAGGUCCGGCUUGGCGGCCACGCUGGUCCGCCACCCCCGCUUCUCCAGCGUCCCGGUUUUGGAGGAGAGUGGAGGGGCGGAGCCAAGAUGGGUGCGGACCAAGGUGGUGGUGGAGAACCACAUCGUGAUCCCGGCCCUGGAGGACCAACGCCGCGCCGCCGCUUCCCCGGACCAGGUCGUGGAGGACUACGUCGCCUCCCUCACCAGCGCCCCCUUGGACCGCUCUCGCCCCCUCUGGGACCUCCACGUCCUCAACUUCCCCACCUCCGAAGCCGCCGCCGUCGCCGUCCUCCGCGUCCACCACUCCCUCGGCGACGGCACCUCACUCAUGUCGCUCCUCCUCGCCUGCACCCGCAAGGCAUCCGACCCCCACUCCCUCCCCACCAUCCCUCACCAGUCCCGGCGCCCGCUCGUGUCCCGCAAGCUCCACGCCGGCGGUGCUUUCACGCUCCUCUUGUGGCUCUGGGCCUUUCUGAUCCUCGCCUGGAACACGCUCCUCGACGUCCUCCGCUUCACGGCUACGUCGGCCUUCUCCAAGGACACUACCACGCCGCUCACCGGACCCAAGGGCGUGGAGUACCAUCCCAAGCGGAUCGUGCACCGCACCGUCAGCCUGGACGACAUCAAGGACGUCAAGAACGCCAUGCACUGCACGGUGAACGAUGUACUGGUGGGCGUCACCUCCGCGGGCUUGUCUCGUUACCUAAGCAGGAGAUACGGUCAGAACGUGGAUGAGCACGGCAAGAAGACGCAACUCCCGUCGAACAUCCGACUCCAGUCAACUCUGCUCGUUAACAUUAGACCGAGUCCAGGAGUCCAUGCUUUGGCGGAACUGAUGGAGGGAAGACACAGUGGAACCAAAUGGGGGAACUACAUCGGGUACAUCAUCCUACCCUUUUCAAUCUUCAAGUACAAAGACCCCAUGGAUUACAUUCGCAAAGGGAAGGAGAUUGCAGGUCGGAAGAAGAAUUCCUUGGAAGCCAUCUUCACCUAUAAAAGUGGAGAGCUCAUCGUCAAAUGCUUGGGCAUUAAGGCGGGAGCUGCAUUGUGCCACAGAGUGCUCUCCAACACGACGUUGUCGUUCUCAAAUAUGAUCGGGCCGGUGGAAGAAGUGGCAUUUUAUGAUCAUCCCAUUGUCUACCUUGCUCCCAGCGUAUAUGGACAUCCACAAGCCCUUACGGUUCAUUUCCAAAGUUACAUGAACAUGAUGAAGAUGGUUGUGACAGUUGACGACAAGGUGAUACCUGAUGCUCACCAGCUCCUGGAUGACUUUGCCGAGUCCCUCAAGCUCAUCAAGGAAGCCAUUCCAACAAAACCAUAGGACGGCAAGAUGUCCUCCUUAGUAGUAGUCUUCUACUAAAUGAUGAUUCACAGUAGAACAUAGUUUUUUACUCUCUCAUGUCCUUUUCCUUCUUCGUCUAUAUACUAAAACAGGGGACUCGAAGCAACUCCUCUUUCCUUAGGCUCUCGUCCCGGUCAAUCUAUUAGCCUAGUGUUCCCCUGUCUCCCCUUCUGCUAGCAGACGGAGCACAAGGAAACAAAUGCUAGUUUUGGCUUGGGAAUAGUCGAUCGAAUCCCAAAUUACUCAUCUGUGAGAACUCA